AGCAGUCUACUUCCGUUCUGCCCCGCAAUAUUUAUAUCUUCUACAUAGUCUUCCACCUUCUUGUAAAAUUUCUGUCUCUUGUACCAUGUUAUCUCUUGCACGCCGCUCUGCACCUGUAAGCUCAACUGCUUACAGGGCACUUUCUGUAUGGUCUGCUGUUCCGGCUGGUCCUCCAGACCCAAUUCUAGGUGUCUCCGAGGCCUUCAAAGCAGACAAGGACCCGCGCAAAAUUAACCUUGGCGUUGGAGCGUACAGAGAUGAACAUGGCAAGCCCUACGUUUUAACUAGUGUCAAAAAGGCCGAAGAACUCGUCGCUUCUUCUGACCCCGACAAAGAGUAUCUCCCCAUCACUGGUCAUGCGGGAUUCACGAAAAACGCUGCUAAACUGGCGUACGGCGCUGACAGUAUUCCCUUGACCCAAGGGGCGGUUGCUGUUACGCAAUCCAUCUCUGGAACCGGCGCGCUCCGCAUUGGAGGCGCAUUCCUUGCUCGCCAUUAUCCUAAUGCCAAAACAAUCUACCUCCCUACUCCUUCAUGGGGUAACCAUACUCCGAUUUUCCGUGACUCCGGCCUCGAAGUCCGCGGUUACAGGUACUUCAACAAAGAGACUGUCGGACUGGACUUCGAAGGUCUUAAGACUGAUCUAUUGGCUGCCCCCGAGCAAUCCAUUGUCUUGCUCCAUGCUUGUGCUCACAACCCUACCGGUAUUGACCCUACCCACGAGCAAUGGCAGGAGAUAUCCAACAUUGUCAAGGAGAAGAACCUUUUCCCCUUCUUCGACAUGGCCUACCAGGGCUUUGCCACUGGUUCCAUUUCGAACGACGCUUUCGCUGUCCGCCACUUUGUUGCUGAAGGUCACCAGGUUGCUCUUGCUCAAUCUUUCGCGAAGAAUAUGGGUUUGUAUGGGGAGCGUGUCGGUGCAUUCUCUUUGACCACAGCCGACCCAGAAGAAAAGGCCCGUGUCGACAGUCAGUUAAAGAUUGUCAUCCGUCCCAUGUAUUCCAAUCCUCCUCUUCACGGAGCUCGGAUCGCCAAUGCUAUCCUGUCUAACGAAGCUCUUUACGGAGAGUGGGAAACCGAAGUCAAGAGCAUGGCUGACCGAAUCAUCAGCAUGCGGGAGAAGCUAUACAACAUGCUCACCCACGAUUUGAAGACUCCUGGAGAAUGGGGACAUAUUAAAAGCCAGAUUGGAAUGUUCUCCUUCACCGGUCUGACCCCUGCGCACACUCAGGCCCUUGCGGAGAAGGCACACGUGUACAUGACCAGGGAUGGUCGUAUCUCAAUGGCCGGUCUCAACAGCGGAAACAUCGAACACUUUGCUACCAGUGUUGAUUCCGCCGUCAAGGGUAACCUUUAAACUAUGGAUUGGAUAGCCAAAAGUAUGGAGUAUUUAAUCUUAAUCUAAUCAUUGGAUCCGGAUAAAGGAUUUAGAUUAAAUUUACAGUAGAGACGAUACACAUAGCUAAAUCGGGUAGACCCCAAUCCUUUUUCGGAAUGACUAUUUCGCGCUAGUCACGCCUUCUUUACAAGUUGCUUCUUCUCCAAUGCCACCUGGGACGAUUAUCCUUCGCUCGCCAUCGCCAACUUUGCCAGGCGCCUGGCCCCAUACACCACUUCGAAGUAGAUCGCUCACUUAUCCGACCC